GACGUGGAGGUGAGCGGCAUCGCCAACGAUUCGCGGGUGGUACUCGGCGGCGACGUAUUCGUCUGCAUCGUCGGCGAGAAGAUGGACGGCCACGAUUUCGCGCUCGACGCCGUCGCGGCGGGCGCGGUGGCGAUCGUUUGCGAGCGGCCCAUCGACGGCCUCGGCGUCGACGUCCCGCAGGUGGUGGUGCCCAGCGCGAGGGCGGCGCUGCCCCGUCUGGCGGCGGCUUUCUACGGUAACCCGUCCGCGUCGCUGACCACCGUCGGCGUUACCGGCGCGAGCGGCAAGACGACGGUGACGCACAUGGUGCGUGCCAUCUUGGACGCGAACGACGUGAGAUGCGGCGUCAUCGGGACCACGGGGUACUCGCUCGACGACUACGACGUGCCCACUUCAUCCCCGGACGCUCUCCAGUGCCAGCAGCUCAUGGCGGGCAUGCUGGACAACGGCGCGAGGGCCACCGCGAUGGAGGUUAGCUCCCGGGACCUGGCGCAGGGGCGGGUGGACUGCUGCGACUUUGACGUCGCCGUGUUUACCAACCUGCGCGGGGACCACCAUGAAGGGGACGCGGCGUCGUGCAGGAACGCCACGGCGGAGCUGUUCCGGCGGCUGACCGACCCGGAGAGGCAGCGCGCGGUCAUCAACCUCGACGUCUCCACUGCCGAGGAUGGCGAGAAACCGUUUGACGACGCGGCGUAUUUCUCCGAGGCGGCGUCCGCCGCGGACGUCUUCGUCGAACGCGCCGACCUCUCCUUGUUCGAGACCGCGGUGACGAUUCGAACCCCGGUGGGAACCUUCGACGCCAUCACGGGCCUGGUGGGCGAGGUGAACGUUUCCAACGUAGCCGCCGCCGUCGCCGCCGGGAUCGCGCUGGAGAUUCCCCUGGACGUCAUCGCCGAGGGCGUCGAGGCGAUGGAGCCCGCGCCCGGGCGCAUGGAGCUCGUGGACGAGGGCCAGCCCUUCUCGGUCGUCGUCGACUACGCGCAAACGCCCGAGGCUCUGAAGCGGGCCAUCGAAUCUGUUCGCAAAACCGGCGCGAACAACGUCAUCACCGUCUUCGGCUGCGGCGGCGACCGGGACGCGUCGAAGCGCGCCGAGAUGGGCCGGGUGGCGGACGAGUACUCCGACAUCGUCUUCGUCACCAACGACAACCCCCGGACGGAGGAUCCGUACAAGAUCCUCGACGACAUCACCAUGAAGCUGCAGAACAUGUGCCGGCGGUACGUCAUCGUGGACAGGUUCUACGCCAUACGCGCGGCCAUCGCGAUGGCGGGCGAGGACGACGCGGUGCUCAUCUGCGGCAAGGGCCACGAGGAUUACAUCGUGGUGGGCACGAAGAAACACUGGUUCGACGACAGGGUCGAGGCGAGGGACGCGCUGCAGAAG